UCUAAAAAAGCCAUGACAACAACUUCCUCAAACACCAUGUUUGCUACCUCCUCAAAUCAAAUUCCCAUUUUCGAUGGUGAAUUGUACGAGUACUGGAGUGCCCAAAUGGAGCCAAUUUUUCAUCUCUCAAGAUCUGUGGGAUAUAGUCCAAGAUGGCUAUGAAAGUCCACAGGAAGAUGAUGAAGACUCGAAGAAACGAUCAGGCAAGCAGACAAAGGAGUACAAGGAGAAUGCCAAGCAAAAUGCCAGCGCCUUGAGAAUCAUUCAGCAAGCAGUGAGCAAAUCAAUUUACCCGAGAAUCUAUGGCAUCAAAAAGGCCAAAGAAGCUUGGGAUGUCUUGCGUGAACAAUUUCAAGGUUCUGAAAAGGCAAUCUCUAUCAGGCGCCAAAGUUUAUGGCGACAGUUCGACAACUUGAUGAUGAAGGAAACCGACACCAUCAAAGACUUCCAUUCGCGUGUGGCGGAGAUAGUCAACCAAAUCAAAGCCACCGGUGAUGUCAUGGAAGAAAGAAAAAUUGUGGAGAGAAUUCUCCGCAGUUUGUCAUCAAAGUUCGAGCAUAUUGUUGCUGUCAUUGAAGAAACCAAAGAUUUGGCAAAUCUACCAAUGAGCGAGUUGAUGAGCUCACUUGUAGCACACGAGCAAAGAAUGAGCCGCUUCACCAAACCGCCACUGGAGCAAGCUUUCUCGUCAAAAGUAAACAUGACCGAAAGUAAAUAUGCCAAAUCGGAGCAAGGACAGAGAGGGGGAAACACACAAGGGAGAGGAAGAGGAAGAUCCAAUUACAGAGGAAACAACAGACAAAAUUAUCAACAACAAAGAUCGGGCUACACCGGCUCGAGUUGCAUAAUUUGCAAAAAGUCGGGUCAUGCAACAAAAGACUGCAGAUUCAAGUGCACCAAGUGCAAAAUUCAAAACCACUCCCAGAGAGAUUGCUGGUUCCAGAACAAGCAAGAAGAUGGCGAGUCAAGCGGCACCAAAAAUGAAGAAAGCAAUAUGGUGGCCUUGUCAUGCUUGUAUGGUGAACAAAAAUCACAGCUUCCCUGGAUGGUGGAUAGUGGUUGCAGUAACCACAUGACUGGAGAUCUGGAGUCCUUCACCGACAUCGAUGACAAAUACCUCUCAAGUCAAAUUGGGCGACGGGAAGAAGCUAAAAGUGGAAGGAAAAUGCACAGUUGUUGUAUGCACAGAAGAAGGCAACAAAACUCUCAUUCGAGAUGUUUUGUAUGUUCCGGAGCUAACUCUCAAUCUACUUAGCGUGGGACAAUUGAUGCUAAAAAAUUACAAGCUAUUGUUUGAUAAUGGCGUGUGCGAGAUUAUCAACAAAGCUGACAAUUUCAUGGUGGCCAAAGUCCCGAUGACUUCCAACAGAAUUUUCUCUCUUACUAUGUCACAAAAUGGCGAAGUCGCAUUCAAGAGCGAAUGAAGAGAAUCAAUCCUAAUAAGAGCAGAAAGAGGUCGAGUCCCUCGAUCCACCCCGCUAGCCACUCCAGGUUUGGAAAGUCGGUCAGAAAGUACAACAAUGCCCCAAACAGUAAGGGGACUAGAGGUUGCCUCGCCGCCGGUAUAUUCCUUUGAAAAAGGAAAAAGCCCCAAAAAAGAAAGAAAUGACAUAGGAUAAA